CCGUCAACACAAAAUUUAGGCUUCAUGUUUUCUGAUCAUUUUCUGUGGUCAGUUUGUUAAAAGAAACAAGUGCGUUAUACUUCCACUGAGUUGAUUUGUGGUUUUAGAAGUUUUGCAUACCAGCUAGUGAUGGAUAUAAAAACCGAAGAAUGCCCUGCUACUAUAGAAGAGGAACGGACAGCUACGAUAAAGGUGGAAGAUAUUAUGAUAUUCGAUGCUCCGGAUAAGGAACGUGAACAACUAACCAAUGAAAGUGACUCUGGCAAUGGUGAGGCCUCAUUGUCCGCAGCUUCAACAGCCAGCCCCAAAAAGCGAGCCGGCAUGCCUGAAAUUUUAUCUGAGAGUACAGUAGAAUCAAGCGGCUCAAUUUCGAAUAUCAAAUCCAGUGAUGCGGACGUUCUGGAGUCAAAGCAUGCUGGCGUUAAUCAGCGGAAGCACCGCUGCGACAUUUGCCCAAAUGGCUUUAAAACAAAAUUUGCCCUCACAAGGCACCGAAGAACUCAUACCGGCGAACGACCGGUCAAAUGUGAUGUAUGCGGACAGGCUUUCACCGCAAGUAGCAGCCUGUGGUCACAUAAAACUAGAAAACAUUCUCGGGAGCGGAAUUUUAACUGUGAAACGUGUGGCAAAGGCUUUUUUACUAAUGAACUAUUGAUGGUUCAUCUGAAGGCACACAGUACGUAUCGGCCCCACAGGUGUUUGAUUUGUGGAAACGGUUUCAAAACUAAUGAUGUGCUUAAAAAACAUAUGAGCCGUCACAGCGACGAGCGACCGUUCGUGUGCGACAUCUGUGGUUUGUCGUAUAAGGCAUUGAGUAGUCUGAAGGAGCACAAGACGAAGCAUUCAACCUCUUUGGAAACGAAUUGUCAAAGUGACAGCAAUUCAGUACGGCUUGACUGCGAUAUAUGCGGCAAACGAUACAGCAGUAGGGGAACAUUGCGUAGACAUUACCAACGGCAUAAGGGAACUCUUUCUUACGCGUGUAAUGUAUGCGAUACAGACUAUUACACCGAGUAUGAGUUGAAGGCACACCGCAAGCUGCAUAAUAACGAUAAGAAACGACAGUGUGAUAUUUGCGGCAAGGCUUAUUCGUGCAAACAAACUCUAGCCUAUCACAUUGCUUCCCACAGGGGAGAAUACAUUUGCGAUAUCUGCUCCAGGGGAUAUAGUUCAAAAAGAAGCCUCACCGUGCAUAAAUUAAUUCAUACCGGUGAGCAACCGUUUAAGUGUAAUUUGUGUAGCAAAGCUUACAACACAGCCAGUAGACUGCAGGAGCAUACCAUUUCAAAACACACCUCUGAGAAGUGUUUUAAGUGUGAAAUUUGUGGAAAAGAUUUUCAUCUAAACUCGCAACGGUUGAGGCAUUUGGCAGUCCACGGAGUGGAUCUUGGUCGUGCUAGCUAGCGAGUCUUCGAAUAGUUUACGCGUAUGUCUAGCUAAAAACUUUCAACCGCCGACCCGUCGUUGACAGCGGCGGCCUAUCGCAUGCGAACAACUGAAGUUAUGUAAUGACGUAAGGCAGUUUAUCUAUAUUAAUUUUGUUUAAUCAUAACAAUGCAUUGCGAAAAUUAAAAUAUAUUUCCUAAACAGAUUAAAAAA